GCUGUUUGUGACGUAUAAACUGGAAAACGAAACUGAACACACUGGAUUUCCCAAGAAAGUAUUCGCUUGAUAGGACAUACAGAUACCUCGGUUUGAAUUUGAUUCCAGUUUCUGUAGUCACGGUCGACACACUUCAAUUUUUUUGCAUAAUAUAUCUAAGGAUAAUUACCAGACUGAGCUUUACUUUAAUCCAGACAAUACUGAUUCGUGAACGUCGGCACACUCCGAAGACCAGAUUAAAAAAUGUCUCAAUCCAAACCGCUCCUCAUCCCAUGGCUGCGCGAACAGAUAAAUAGUGGAAAGUAUCCAGGGGUUACCUGGACCAAUCAGGAGAGAACACAGUUCUGCAUCCCUUGGAAACACGCUUUGAGGCAGGAUUCCUGCAGCGAUGAUGUACUUAUUUUCAAGGCGUGGGCUGAGGUUAGCAAUGGUAGGGUUCAAGGCGACUCCUCCAUUUGGAAGAGAAACUUCCGUUCUGCCCUCCGAGCCAAGGGGUUCAAAAUGCUCCUUGACAACAAAAAUGAUGCAGCCAACCCCAACAAACUGUUCCAGUGGCCAGAUGAGGCAUCCACGGGAGGAUCUCAGCACCCAGAACAUGAUCUGUAUCAAGAUCCCAGUCCAUUACAAGAAAGUCGACCAUGUUUUAAUGACCUUUACCCUGAAGCAGAAGAAACUGUACACACAGCAGAGGGGAUCUCAACCACUUUCAACCAGGAUAUACUUCAGGAAUGUCUGCGAGGGUUGAACAUUGAACAAACAGAGGCUAUUCAGGUUUAUGAACUCCCCAUCGAGGAACGGCAAUAUCCAAUGGAGGGCGCGAUUGGAGAGCAUGAUUUGCUAGGGCAACAGCAGUAUCCGGUUGUAAUGGAGGAUGCAUCGGGAGGAGCCGCGUUGCCCCCGCAACCGGUGUAUCCAAUGGAUGGAGCCGUUGGUGGUGCCCAUGAACAGCAGAUGGUGGAGCAGUUCACAAAUAAAUUGUCCAGAACCAUGGUGGGCGAAAAUUUGAAGACUCACUUCAGGGUUUCUGUGUACUACCGGGGAGUGAAGAUGCUUGAGCAGCUGGUUGAGAACGAGGCAGGGUUCAGAUUAGUCUACAGACCUGAACUUACGCAACCGCUUCUGGACCCAGACUCUGGCCUGAAUCUGGUCUCUCUGCCCAGUCCACCACCUGUCCUCGACGAAACUCAGGCCAAACUGACCCAAGAAAUCCUGUCUCUCCUGGGAGAGGGCCUGGAGGUGGGUGCCUCCGGGUCCAUUAUCUACGGACUCCGUAAGGGUGGAAUUAAGGCCUUCUGGAGCCUUGACAAGUUUGACAAGACCAGGAGGCCCCAGGCAGUGUCCAAAUACCCGGAACCACUAUAUCAGGCCAAGGACUUCUAUAGAGGGCUGUUGAAGUUCAUUAACAAUCAUGGAGGAGAAUGUCCCCCCUUUUCUCUAUUCUUCUGUCUGGGCGAGAAGUGGCCAGACCCGGACAACAGACCCUGGGAGAAGAAACUGGUCAUGGUCGAGGUGGUGUUAACCGCUCUGGAGCUACUGAAGUUAAUCGCGGUGGAAGGUGGUGCCUCCUCUCUGCAGUCUGUGGAACUGCAGCUGUCCUUGCAGGAGUCCCUGCAGGAGAUGAUGGACUUGUGCUAAAGAGGGACUGAUCCACCUACUGUAUAAGGGUUCGCUGUGGAAAAUGUACAAAUUCUGAGUAUGCCUUCUAUCAUAAUGUUUACUAUUUUGUAUGACCAUAUUUGAUCAACUGUUCAGUAGCAAAACAACAGUAUGUGAGGGGGAAUGGGUUAAAUAAGCAUUUAUGUUUAAUAGGGAACAUUACUAUGUUUUGUUUUUUUCAAUGAUACUGUAAUCAACGAGGCAUGUGGGGUUCUAAAUUGCAACUAUUUUGGUCACGUAUGCUCCCUAAUAUUUUGCUGUGCGACCUGGAUUUUUUAUUUGGGAGCACCAGUGUGCCUAGAAAAAUAAUCACACAGAUAAUUGUUGUAAUGAUUAGACUUCACUGUACCAUUGUUUCCUAUUGCCUUAGAGAAAGACUGGCCCAAUGCUCCUACGCCAGGCUACCUGCAAUUGUUUUGUUUUGUUGAUUGCACACGUAGACUAUAGAAACUCCGCUAACCAAACAACAGUCUAUGUAUUGCUGUAGGUGCAUGUCGCUACACUCAAAAUGUACAUUUCUUUGAUUUUUCCUGACCUCAAAAGUGCCCUCAUGACGUGGUUUAAUUUGGGACAAAAUGGAAUUAGGCAAAAAAAAAUGCCCAAACUAUGUAGAAACCUACUCAUGUAAUUUCAAUGACAGGUAUUUGUAUCAAUUUUAGCUUUUUUUUAAUAAUAAACAAAUGUGUUUACAGGGUUACCUAUUAGUUUCUAGGGCACGACAUGUGUUGCAGAAGUAGUUUGAAUUCGUGUAGGCUAUAUCCACUUUUCUGGUGCUCUUAAAUGUUAUGCUGUGCUCCAAACUUUUUCAAGUUGUGAGCACCAGUUCAGGAUUAUUAAUUGAGGAUAAAUAUCAAAUCAAGCACAGUUAUUAUCCAUCUAAACUAGAGAUGUAAUGCAUAGGCAUGGCAUCUAUUUCACAUAAAACCUCUACAGAGUACCUAACCCGGAUCCGGGAGCACCCCCCACCUCCCCCACACUGAUUAGCAUCGCUAGCAUAGCGUCACAAUUAAAUAGUAGCAUCUAAAUAUCAUUAAAUCACAAGUCCAAGACACCCAAUGAAAGACACAGAUCUUGUGAAUAAAACCACCAUUUCAGAUUUUUUAAAUGUUUUACAGGGAAGACAAAAUAUGUAAAUCUAUUAGCUAAACACGUUAGCAAAAGACACCAUUUUCUUACUCCAACAGUUUCUUACUCCAUCAGGUGCUAUCACCAAUUCGGCUAAACUAAGAUAUUGAUAGCCACAAACCAACAAACAAAUUCAUAAGAUGACAGUCUGAUAACAUAUUUAUGGUAUAGCAUAGUUAUUUUUUUUUAAAUGUGCAUUUUUCAGGUAUAAAUCACAGUUCUACAUUGCAGCUGCAAUCUGAUAUAGUGCUGAUGCAGCUAGAACAAUUACAGAGACCAACGUUAUAUAACUAAUUACUUGUCUUAAAACAUUUCAGAAAAAAUACACAGCGUACAGAAAUUGAAAGCCCAACAUCUGGUGAAUCCAAACAAUAUUUCAGAUUUUUUAAAUGUUUUAUAGCGAAAACAAAAUGUAGCGCUAAAUUAGCAUAACCAGGCCAGCCAGAACCAGCUGGACGCGCCCGACCAGUUCACAUGCACGACAGAUAUAUGAAAUAACAUCGUAAAUUGGGUCUUACUAUUGCUGGUCUUUCAUCAGAAUGUUGAUCAAGGUGUCCUUAGUCCUGAUAAGUCGUUCAAUCCAUUCACAAUGGCAACUUCCCCUCUUCAUUUAGCCUGGGUACUGGUCGACUGGCACGGUCCCUGUCCAAAGUUAAAAAACUCAAAGAACGGAACACGGCAAAACUCCCGAAAAAAUUCUAAUAAUCUGAUUAAACUAUAUUGAAAAAACAUACAUUACGGUGAUAUGGUCACAUGUAUCAAACAAACUUCGAGACGGAGAUAGUUUUCAUCCGUAACGUCAGCAUAACAAAAGACAAUGGCACCUCUGAAAACGCGCAUCUCAGAAACCGGAAGUUGUCGGUCACGCUAAAGAAAUAGGUCUUAUUUCACGUCAGUACAAGAUAAACAAAAAAUUUCUCCUCUGACGUCUUCCAGACACCCAGAGGAAGAAGAAGGAAGUGUGAUUCGGGUCAUAGGUGGCGUGACCAUAUAUAGGCAGAGCGUUGAAGCGAGCAUACACAUCUUGCAAUCUUCUUCUGGCUCAGGGAAAGUGCUGUCAAAUGACCUGUGUUUCACUCAGAGACGAAAUUGAAACGGAUUUAGAAACCAUAGCUUGUUUUCUAUCCAAUGGGAUAUGGUUAUAUGCAUAUAGUAACAGCAAUAAUUGAAUAAGAGGCAGUUUAAUCUGUAGAGGCAAUUAUGCUAAUGCGAAACAGCACCCCCUGUAUUCUCAAGAAGUUAAGUCUUAAUAAAUUACUGUGAUAUGGUACAAUGGAUUUCACAACUUUAUUUAAAGGUCUACUGGCCAAUUGUAUGUAUUUAUGUAUGUAUGAGAUUAAAUGCAUCACUCAUCAUAACUAUCUCAUCUCGUUUUCAAAAACCCACUCUUUCAUAAGACAAGACUUAACUGUAUGCUGCGAUGAGACUAAUUCAGACUACAAUAAAUAAAUACCUUUAAAAUGUG